AUGAACCUCGCCGCUAAUCAGGUCGCUAUGAUUCCGAACGGCAUCGCAGCAGCACAGAGCGGGCCGACUUCCCUCCCGCAGCUUCAGAUCCUUCGCGCGCUGGCGGCGACUCAGAUCGCCAACGCCUCCGUCAGCGCGGGCCCGCAGACUUCGCUUUCGAGCCGUGGAUCGAAGCGUAGCGCCAAGGACGAUAGCAAGACGCUGCGCCCGCGCAAGCGUGGCCGGCCUUCGUACAAGGACCGCGCCGCCGCGGCUCUUGCGGCGGAGGAGGCGGCGAAGGCGGCGAAAGCCGCUGCGCUGGCGGAACGCGAUAUUCUCCUGCGCCAGAUCGCCUCGCAAAUGGCGCCGCAAAUGUCGCCGCAAGGAGCGCUUAUGCUUCUGCAGCAACAGAUGGCGUUGCAACAACUGGGGAUGCUGGGAGCCAACCAGAUCGGCGGAUUCCCCGCCGCAAUGUGCGCUGCACCGCCUGCGCUCGCGCAUCUGAGCGCUGGAAACAACGGCGUGACCGCCGCCGCGGCCAUGGAUGCGGCUCGACAAAUGCCGACAGGUGCCGACAAGAUCGCGGAUCGUGUGGCUUCCGGAGCCGCUAGCCGUCAGUUCUGCACGUCGGAUGUUGAUUUCGCGGGGCUGGACGGUUCCGCGUGGGACCAAUCGCGGCUGUUCGCUGGCUCUGCUGGCCCUGGAGCCAUGCUGGCUUUGGAUUGGAUGUUCUCCAAGGAGACGCGCUUCGUGCAGCCCGCGCCUAAGGACGACUUGGAGGAGCACGCAGAUGAGCACGUGCCUGCCGCCCCUGCUGUACCUGCUCGUCUGGCUAUUCCAUCGGUACCUGCAGGUUCGGAAGGGCGUACAGUGCCUUCGCAAGGCCCGAACUACCCAGCAGGGGUGCAGCAGCAGCAGCCCCCUGCUGUUGUGGUGGCAGCGGCAAUGCAGCUCCUAGCCCAGGCUAUGCCAAGAGUGGGAUCUAGGCAAGUGUUGCCUGGUGCUGGUGCUGCAGAAGGCAUGGGUCCUGUUGCUGGUUUGAUGGGCCUGACUCGGUCCAGGAGCAACAUUGAAGCUGUGCUUGCUUAUGUGGAUGCUGAGAUCCAGGCAAGGAAGUCUAGGAUGGGUGAGGCUAAGGAAGGUGCUUCCGUGCCUGCUCAUUUGGUUCCCACCUCCGUUGAAGCUAGGGAGGAGCUCAAAGCUCAAGAUCAGCUAGACCUGUCACUUCAUUUGUAA